AUGGUUGCCAUUCGCUCGUUUGUUGCACUCUACGCAGCCGUUGGCAUUGCCUCGGCUGGAAAAUGCAAGCCAGAAAGCAUUUCAAGCUCGAUUCUUUCAGAGGCCAGUACCAGCGGUUCCGUAGGCUUCAGUUCCGCCUCCGCUGCUGAGUCUUCCACGACUGUUCCAGGUACUACUCUAGAAACCAGCAUCAACGAGUCUACUACAGAGACUGUUUCCAGCGCCAUCUCUACCGUUGCCACCGAUACCACCACCCUCGAACCAAGUCUUACUACUCUUCUCACCUCUUUCGUCACCACAAGUGCCGACAUCACCACCGUCGAAUCAGCUACCACGACCACUUCGGCUACUCCCAUUCCCAAGUGUCCCUCAGAUAUUGAGCAGUGUUUCGGCACGAUGGAAAUCCAAUGUAGCACCAUCUUCGGCGGUCUUAGCGACUAUACUGAAGUCGAGGAUCUCAACGCAUCGGAGCUCAGCGGCUGGGUUAGCGGUAAAAAGGGGACGUGUGGACAAGAUGCCACAAGUACUGCCUUUACAUCCACCGCGGAAGCCACCACGAGUGCAGCGGCUACGAGCACAGCCCCAGUGGCCGACCCUGUCUGUUCUUCAUGCGUUGACGACGCUCAAGUUCAGUGCAACACCAGUCUCAACGGUCUAGAACUUCUCGGAUCAUCACAAAGCAUCGCCGAAUGCUAUUCAUUCUGUGAGCAAGAUGAUAACUGCCAGGGCGUUACCCGCAGACAAGACAAUGGUGCUUGCUUCAAGUCUGCUGUUGACCCUGAUGAUGUCGUAGCAAGUCCGCAAGAGGGGAGAGACAGUGCUAUCAAGGGAACUUGCAGGAUCUAA